AUCCUGAAUUGUUUGUGGACACAUCACGAGGAGACAAACUGAAAAUCAACAUUGAUGUGAUAUUUCCUAACAUGCCAUGUGCCUAUCUAAGCAUUGAUGCCAUGGACGUAGCUGGAGAGCAGCAGUUGGAUGUGGAACACAACCUGUUCAAGCAAAGGCUCGACAAGGAGGGCAAUCCUGUCACUACAGAGGCAGAGAAGCACGAUUUGGGACAAGAGGAAGGUGACAUUUUUGACCCCAGUAAGCUAGAUCCUGAGCGCUGUGAAAGCUGCUACGGAGCAGAGAUGGAGGAUUUGAAGUGCUGUAACACCUGCGAUGACGUACGAGAGGGUUAUCGCAGGCGGGGCUGGGCCUUCAAGAACCCGGACACCAUCGAGCAGUGCAAGAGGGAGGGCUUCAGCCAGAAGAUGCAGGAGCAGAAGAACGAGGGUUGCCAGAUCUACGGCUUUCUGGAGGUCAACAAGGUGGCAGGAAAUUUUCACUUUGCCCCUGGAAAGAGUUUCCAGCAGUCCCAUGUUCAUGUGCACGCUGUGGAAAGUAAGUUAUUUUUGUAGUUAACAUCCCCCCCUACCCUGGUCCCAGAUCUGUUUGUGCUCUUGCAUACUCCAUUGCUGUCCUUGUCAAGCCAAAGACAAGGUUAGUCAUGACAGUGAGUUGGCAUAAGAGCACAAACAGACUGGCACUCAGGCAACAUCCCUCACAUCAUUCCCUUCUAAAUUGUCCAGUCAAAUAUCAAACUUUGUUUAUGAAGAGGUUGUCAGUCAGA